ACGGGGAAGGCUGAGCUCUUAACCUUCUGCUGCCAUCCACAAGAAGCCCGGGACAGGUUUCCUCUCUGCUUUCAGAUGGACAGAAGAAAUGACAUUUCUUUGCUGCUGAUAAUCCAAGGUGUCUUCUGGAAAUUCUGCAUUCCGUAUAAUGUUGGAUUUUCAGGGAAUAAAAUAUUUUCUGGACCACCAGGCGUACAGUUUGGUUAUGCAGUGCAACAGUUUAGCAAUCAAGAUGGAAACUGGUUACUGGUGAGUUCUCCAUGGAGCGGUUAUCCUCAGAACAGGAUGGGAGAUGUCUAUAAAUGUGGUCUGAACUCACAAAUGUGUGAAAAAAUGAACUUGCCAAGUGCAACUGUAAUCCCAAAUGUUACAGAGAUAAAGAAGGAAAUGAACCUUGGGCUGACGCUGAUAAGGAAUGAAGAUACAGGUGGAUUUUUGACAUGUGGCCCCUUAUGGGCACAGCAAUGUGGAAAGAAUUAUUACGCUACAGGCGUAUGCAAUGACGUAAGUCCUACCUUCCAAGUACUUCGAAGCUUUUCUCCAGCUCUUCAAACUUGUUCUUCUUACAUCGACAUUGCUAUUGUAUGUGAUGGCUCAAACAGUAUUUAUCCCUGGCCAGCCGUACGGAAUUUCUUAGAGAAGUUUGUGGAGGGCUUAGACAUUGGACCGACAAAGACUCAGGUGAGCCUCAUACAAUAUGGGAACUACCCCAGUGUCGUGUUUAAUUUGAAUACCUACAAGAAUAAGGAAGCCAUGAAAAUAGCAAUAUCAGGCAUCAAGCAGAUCGGAGGAGAUCAGACAAACACUUUCCAGGCAAUUGACUAUACCAGACAAUAUGCUUUCUCUGCUGAAUAUGGAGGUCGGCCAAAUGCCAACAAAGUUAUGGUAGUCAUUACUGAUGGUGAAUCUCACGACAAUGCAAUGCUAAAAGAAGUCAUCUCACACUGUGAACAGGAUAAGAUUACCCGAUUUGGCAUUGCGGUCUUGGGUUACUACAAUCGAUACAAUAUUGACAGCAAGAACCUGAUCAGUGAAAUCAAAGCCAUUACCAGCGAUCCCAAGGAGAAGUUCUUCUUCAAUGUGUCAAAUGAAGUGGCUCUCUUAGAUCAAGCAGGGACUCUGGGAGAGAGAAUAUUUAGUAUUGAAGGUACGACACAAGGAGGAGAAACUUUUCAGAUGGAAAUGUCGCAAGUUGGCUUCAGUGCACAGUAUUCAAAAACUACGGCGUCACUGAUGUUGGGAGCUGUUGGCGCUUAUGACUGGAGCGGCACUAUAGUUCAUCAGAAUGCACAGAAGUUUUCCAUUUAUCCUUAUAAUGCAUUUGAGAAGGUUAUUCAUGGGAAAAAUGAAAGCUCUUAUCUGGGAUAUUCUGUGGCUGUCAUCAACAUGGCAAGAAGUGUGAAUUUUGUUGGGGGAGCCCCCAGAACCAAUUACACUGGACAAGUUGUUGUGUACAACAUAAACAGCCAGGGGAAUGUGACGAUUCUCCAGAUUCAGAAAGGAGAACAGAUCGGUUCAUAUUUCGGCAGCGUGCUCUGCUCUGUGGACGUGGACAAGGAUUCAGUGACUGACAUUUUAUUAGUGGGAGCCCCUAUGUAUAUGAAUGACUAUAAGAAAGAACAAGGUCAAGUCUAUAUGUUCACUAUCAAGGGGGGAAUCUUACAUCAGCGUGAAAACUUGGAAGGCCCUAAUAGUGUAGAGAACACCAGGUUUGGAGCUGCCAUAGCAGCACUUACGGAUAUAGAUUUGGACGGAUUUAAUGAUGUCAUUGUUGGAGCACCCUUAGAAAACCAGAACAGUGGAGCAGUUUAUAUCUACAAUGGCGAUAAAACCACAAUAAGAAAAAAAUAUUCCCAGAAAAUUCUUGGUUCCUCGUUCACACCACCCCUGCAAUUUUUUGGUCGAUCACUUGACGGGUACAAGGAUUUAAACGGAGAUGCCAUCCCAGACGUAACCGUCGGUGCCGAUGAAAAAGUCGUUCAGUUUUGGUCGCAGGGUAUUGCAGAUGUGUCUGUAAAGGUGACAUUUACUCCAGAUAAAAUUGUGCUGUCAAAUAAGAAAAGUGAAAUUACUGUGAAAAUUUGCUUCAAUGCUCGCUUCAGACCUGCAAACUCCAGACAACGAUUUGUGGCCAUAACUUACAAUGCAACACUGGAUGCUGAUCUCAUGUCAUCAAGGGUGACGUCUAGAGGGCAGUUUAAAGAAAUUGGAGACCGAUUCAUAACUAAGGCCAUUGACAUAGGCACAGAGGAAAGAUGCUUUGAGCACAUUUUCAAUGUUCAGGAGACAGCAGACUCGGAGAACGCCCUGGCAUUGCGCAUUAACAUUGCUGCCCAGAAACCAGAUAGCAGCCCCGUCUUAAAUCCUUAUUCAACGGGCUCCAGUGAAUGGUUUAUUCCCUUCCAAAAAGAAUGUGGUGAUGAUGAAGUUUGUCAUUCAGACCUUUCCUUACUAGUGGUACAGAAACCCAGUGACGUGAAAUUACCAUACAUCGUCAGUGACAAAAACAGACGGCUGAUGUUCCAAGUAACAUUGAUGAAUAAAAAGGAAAAUGCAUAUAACACAAAACUGAGGGCACUUUUCUCAGAAAACCUAUUCUUUGCAUCUUCAACUUCUCCAAGUGAUGGAACAGAGGUUUUGUGUGAAGUUGGCAAUACACAGGGAACCGUCAGCUGCUUAGUAGGAUUCCCUGUUCUCAAGGACCAGCAAAAGGUUACAUUCGAUAUUGGAUUUGAUUUCAACCUCAAGUAUCUUCAUGAUAAAGCUUACAUCUACUUCCAGGCUACAAGUGAAAGUUAUGAAGAUUUUGAGCAGGACAAUGCAGUGAAUGUAUCAAUCCCUGUAAAGUAUGACACAGAGAUGCACUUCACAAGGUCAACAAGCAUAAACUUUUUUGAGGUUUUUCCUGGGGCUAGUGUUCAAUCAACCAUAAAUCAUGUUGGAGAAAUUGGUCCAGAAUAUAACUUCACUAUAAAGAUCAGUACUGGGACCAUUCCAGUGACAUCGGCGUUUGUAACUGUGAACAUGCCAGAAUUCACAAAAGGAGGCAACCCCUUAAUGUACAUCACAGAUAUUCAAACAGACCAGGUUAAAGGAAUAAGUUGCAAUGCCGUCACCAAUCCUCUUCACAUAGGAAAAAAAGAAUACAUGAUUUCAUUCACAGAAGAGAAAUUUACGAACAUCCAGGAAUUAACUUGUGAUAUUACAAGAUGCACCACAUUCAAAUGUCUGAUGAAAGAUCUUCAGCUGAGAGAAGAUUACUUUGUCAAUGUGUCUACCAGAAUCUGAAUGGGACUUUCGCAUCUUCGUCAUUCCAGUCAUUGGAGUUAAUAGCAAGUGCAACACUUGAGACACUUAAACCCGGAUAUAUUUGUCAUCAGCAAUAGCAAGUUAUUGAUCCCGCUCACCAUCAUAAAACCCAGUGAGAAAGCUGAAGUCCCCAUCCGGUGUGGUGGUUGGAAGCGUCAUAGCUGACUCGUACUUCUCGCUGCUCUUGUGGCUGCCUUGUGGAAG